GUCUCGAUGGGAUUACAGGAGCGCAGACCAUGUCCGCGUUAUCCGGCCUCGGGCGAGGACAGUGGACCAUAGACAUCCGACUAGAGUCGAGUAGCGUCGUGGGGAGCAGGAGAUCAGUCUUGGCAUGCUUUCUUCCCACGGCCCGGCCCAGCCCAGCUACAGCAGCGCGAAGUUGUUCUUCUUGUGGGUGUGGGUGUGGAGGAUGGGUGACCGAGAUUGUCCUCGUGCACCGUCAUUGUGAUGGCACUCUCGGAUCCGAGUGCCACCAGAUCGACGACGGUGGUUUUGGCGACCUUUUGCAGCUUUGCCAGGUUGGUCGAGACAUUCGAUGCGCUGAGCUCUUGUGCUCGCUCUGAGGUUCGGAGAGAGUGGGAGCUCGCUGUGCAGCAGAAUUCGGGUGGAAGCCGGGACUAGAUUGGGUUGGAGAUUGGUGGAUCGAUCGACUGGCGUUUUGUGUGUUGUCCACGUUUUGGUUGGUAUGGGCAGGAGCUGUAUGUAGAACGGAGCGAAGUGCAGCGGGUCAUCGAACGAAGGGACGGAAAUGGGAACCGUGAGAUCUAAAAGGAGUUCAAUUUUCCGCCUCCCCUUCUGGAAUCAACACAAUUCGCAUUUCUCAUGGGCAUCGAGGGGCUGUCGGGUGCUGGUGAUCCUGUGUCUUCUCGGCCUGACAUAUAUGUUCGGAUUCACGCCCUUCGUACCCUCGCUGCACGGUGAGAGCGCCAUCAUCAGCCUCGAGGAGGAUGACAUUAUCGGCAACCUUGUGUUGGAGCACGCCAGCAACGUGCUUAGUCAACAAGAGGAACCUCGAGUGGUGCUGGCUCAACGCACAGAUCGACCGGCCGAUAGAUCCUUCUUUUUAGCUGCGGUGAUUUUCAACCGAGUAUUCAAGGAAGAUCUGUUCAAGAUCACAGCCUACGAGUGCAAGCAGUGGAUAGAGUACAUGGUUUUCUCAGGCGUGGAGCACAUCUUCUGGUACGACACAGCUCACAGUGAUCAAGAAUCUCAAGAAGCGUAUCUGACCGACUAUGUAAACAGAGGAAUACUGACAUAUCAUCGCUUUCAUCAUAUGUUUCCUGGAAAUGUGGAGUCCGGCUACCACUUUGAGCAGGAUCACUCAUACGAGCACUUUCUUUCCACUCACAGUUCCAAAGUCAAGUGGGUCGUGGAGAUGGAUGUCGAUGAGUAUCCUUUUAUGCCAACGGAAUUGAAUAGUAUGUUUCUGAAGGAAUAUGUCCUGAACCUCGAGAGCUCGAGACCGGAUGUGAGCCAGGUCUUGUUGCCUUGUAUGAUAUUUGGAGGAAACCCCGAGGGUGAUCUGGACAAUGGUUGGGUCAUAGAGCGUUACCAACGACGCAAGCGAUUGACCGAAGGUUCGAGACCAGGUUUUGUUUCCAGGACGAAGCCCAUAUUCCAGCCCAAGCUAGCUAAGGGUGUGUCGUCCUUCGAUCCCCAUCAGUUUCCCAUGAAGGAAGGAGAAACUAUGGUGACUCGACCUGAGGUUCUGCGAAUGAAUCACUAUUGGGGACCCCGGCUUACUGACUUUAAACCUGACACUCCUGCGGUAAUUGCACUGCUCGUGCCGGAUGACAGCAUCCAACCCAUAGCGACUUUGCUGAAAUCCCGCUCAGGGCUGACUAGCAAGGCCACUGCCUUAUCUAUCUAAAGGUUAGCGGAUUUUUUCCCUUCAAUAUUCUUCUCGGUCGUGACACGCGAUCGAGAUUCCCUUAGAUCAGCCUGUCUGCGAUGAAUGAUCGUGCUUUCGUGAGAAGAUGUUGUGCGAGCGAGUGUGUUCGCUUCAUGCUUUCAUCGACGGGGAGGGAGAAAGGAAACUGUCACGGAAGAAACUGUUACCAGCUUUCAAUGGCCGAUUUCGUGGUUUCCGAUCUGCACACUAUUGAGGCUGAUCUGAUGGGGAACUCUGCUACCUGCUUCAUGUCCCCUCGGCAUGUCGUCAGUAGGAUUGAUUGCGUCCGAAUCCGGGAGACAGGAGGCGAUUAUGGCUAUGCCCAUGGGCGCUCACAUACUGGGGAUGACCGCAGAAGAUUUUGCGCUUAAAGGGAAGGAGCCCCCCGCCCUGAGCACGUUGAGCUCUGUUAAGACUUCGUCUUGAGUCCAUUUGACAUGGAGUCCGUGUCUCGGACCUGCUGAGUAACGUCUUACUUCACAACCUUCAGAUUUAUCAAGGAUUCUUGAUGCGUCAUUGCAUUUGUAUAGAUAGUGCUUCCAUGCAACUUCACAUUCAUUUUAGACCAAGUAAUAAAGAUUGCUGCCCU